AUGGAAGGGUGGAAUCAGGUGGCUCGAAUACCAUUGGUGAGCAAUAAAACUACUACUGCCACCACCACAGGCAACAGCAAUUUCCCUCCAGCUUCAAUCACAUCGCUACAAUUUGACACAGUUCAAAAUCUCAUUUGGUGUGGAGAUUCCAGUGGCUAUACUAGAUCGUUGUCAAUAAGCGAAUCGGCCUCGAGUUACAACAUCCAACUAUUUCCCCACACCAAAUUUCAAACUAGCACACUAGGGCAACCAAUACAACAAGUCCUAUCGCAUAAGGAUGGCAUAUUAUCACUACUGCAGGAUCAAGUUUCAUUUUACAACAGAAGAGGCUUACCGAAAUCUGCUUUUGACUCCGAGUUUUUUACCGAGAAUGGCGAUUUGUUUAAGAAUUUAAACUCCAUGUCCUUCAAUUGCAACUCGUUCAAUGACGUGGUUGUUGGAACAGAUUCAUCUUUACUCCACUUUGACCUCAACAAGCCCCAAAUCGUGUCCAAGUUUGACCACGAGGGGAAAGUGGCCAUUGUCAAAGAAUCUCCCAAAUUGCUAGCAUUGGCAAGCAGCACCGGCUCGCUUGAACUAUUUGACCCAAGUUCAAACACGUCGUUAAAGACAUUUUCAGCCCACAACGGUUACAUGUCGGACAUGGACGUCAAGGGAACUUAUAUUGCAACUUGCGGAUACUCGAUCAAACCCAAGAGGUACCAUUUCCACCAGUCGCCUGAAUACUCGCCAGAUCCAUUGGUCAAUAUUUUCGAUAUACGAACCAUGAAGGCAAUUGCACCAGUUGCAUUUCCUGCCGGGGUGUCCUCGGUUAAAUUCCACCCUAAACUACCAAACAUUUUAAUCAUCACCUCGGGUUUUGGAUUGAUCCAAUUUGUGGAUAUAUUUGACCAAACCAAUGUCAAUGUUUAUCACGCGGAUUUGUCUUUAAGUCCGCAACAACAACAACAACAACAGCAGCAGCAACAACAAUCACAGCAAUCACAACAAUCACAAACACAACCAGAACAGCAGCAACUUGCAAAUGGCAAACAGCCUUACCUAUCAGACCUUCAAAUCAGCGAAAAUGGCGAUUUCUUCAUGUUCAACGAUGGAUUCUCGAAUUUGCACUUGUGGUCAAUCACAAACUCGGGGACAUUGAGCAAGAAUUUUGUCAACUUUCCUCAAGCUGUUGAAAGACCAGAUGUUGCCGAUCUCUCAGACGUGUUUAUUGACAUUGACGAUGAAGAAACACCGCUCUCGACUGUGGGGAUGCCCUACUAUAAAGACCUCCUAUUGUCGAAUUGGCCAAUCGAUCUCAAAUUUGUCAAGGAAAAAUCACGUUUGCCCGAGCCCAUCGAUCCAGAGUUGCUAGCACAAGCCGAAAAAAGCCCGUUUGGAACUUUUAUAAAGUACAAUUCCAUGAAGUACGGCCUUGGAAUCGUGGAACAGCCGUACUAUUCCCUUACCCAGCCGGUGGACACUCAAAUCCCAAAAUUCCUUAGCGAAAAGGGUACCAAGGAAAAACAGCGAACGAAAUCCAUUCAGGCCCUUGAAGAUAGUAUAUUUCAAUCGCAAAACGAUGAGAAAAUCCCCAAUUGCUACGCAAGAUUGCAAAUCCAAUACUCCAAGUUUGGCGUCAAGGAUUUCGAUUUCGGGUUUUACAAUAGAAGCGGGGAGUAUUGCGGAUUGGAGAAUCAUAGCGACAACUCGUACAUCAACUCAUUAUUGCAAAUAUACCGGUUCCAAGCAUCCUUCUACAACCAAAUAGUCCACUCCUUGGCGACUGAAUGGCUACCAAACGACUCGGACGUGAUUGAAAGAAACCCCGAGUGCUCAUCGAUUUUAAAUGAAUUGGCAUAUCUAUUCGACAUGAUGCAUAAAGCCAAAGCACAUAAUGUCAAGACUUCUAAUUUCAGUCAAGUAAUGAAUCACGACAGAAAUGCGUCAAAACUAAUUAAUCUCAAUGAAAUGAUGAAUUUAAACUCACAAGAAGUGAGAGAGUUGAUCUUGUCUUUUAACAAUUAUUUGCUAACACGAUUGCGGCAAGAUUUCACACUCCAGUUUAACCAGCAAUUCAACUUGACAGAGUUGACCUACGAGAUUGAAAUCAGGGGAAAAGGUCACUCGUGUCCGAUAUUUGACAAACAGUCAGGCACGAUGCUCUCUUUGGAAUUGAUAACCCCACCAACAAACAUGUUGAACAAAAUGAGUAUACUCAUAAAUCCCAACCUACAUCAACUUCAAACCGACCAGCCUAACCUUGCAAACGUGCGUAGAAACUUGAACAUCUUGACCUACUUGGACUAUUCAAUGAACCAAUGCAAGACUAUACCUUGCACGCAGCACCAACACGCGCAUCCGCACACGUUGGAAAUAAAAACCAGUAUAACAAAGCUACCGCCAGUGCUUGUGCUCAACGUGAACCUCACAAACGAAGAAUUUAAAAUCAUCAACAAUCUCAAGCAAUGGCUAGUGCCAGAAUUUUACGCCGUGCGAGCAAACAACGCUCACAAUAGCGGUUACUCCUUCAAGCCAACCAUGCCGAUGGCAGGCGAGUUUAUACAUUACGAGCUCUUGGGGUUCGUGUGCGAGAUAAGUCACCAGAUUGACACAUCGAGAACCGGUGGCCACAACUUGGUCUCGUUUGUCAAGAUCAAUGAUGUGUGGAUCUUCUUUAAUGACUACUUGGUGAUUCCAAUCCCAAAGGAGGAAGUUUUCAACCUCACGUACGAUUGGAAGAAACCUGUUAUUGUUAUUUACCAAGAAUCGUCGAGGAAAAAUGAGCCGUUCAACUACAUCACCCACUUUAAAGGCGAUGAUUCGAUCCUUUAUAGAGACCAUUUUGCAGGAGCGAUACGAGAAGGACAUAAGAAGAAAUAUACUUUACUAACUAGGCAAGAAGCUCCGCAUCCGGGGUCGCUAGUUGCAAUAGAUGCCGAGUUUGUCACUUUGAAGCCGGAACAAUUGGAAAUCAGCUACACGGGAAGCAAGAAACUAAUCAAACCAAAGGACUUGUCGCUCGCGCGGGUUUCGCUACUUCGCGGAGACGACGACAAUCCACUCUUUGGCCAAGCAUUCAUUGACGAUUACAUUGUCCACACGUCCCACAUCUAUGACUACACGACAAGCUUCAGUGGUAUCGAAGCCGAGGACUUGGAUUUCCACAAGUCGAGUAAAAACUUGACCACGCUACAAACAUCAUACCGGAAACUCUGGCUUUUGCUCAACUUGGGAGUGGUGUUUGUCGGGCAUGGCCUUUACACGGAUUUCAGAACCAUCAAUUUGCAAGUGCCGGCCGAGCAGAUACGAGACACGGCAGAGUUCUACUACAAGGAGAGCUUUAAAAGAAAAUUGAGUCUCAAAUUCUUGGCCUAUGUCAUGUUGAAGGAGAAAGUGCAAAAGGGCAAUCAUGACUCCAUCGAGGACGCGAGAUGUGCCUUGAUGUUGUAUAAAAAGUAUGUUGAAGCCACUGCAAAGGGCGAGUUUGAAAACAAGUUGGAUUUCGUUUACAAGGAAGGGCAAAGGCUACUUUAUAGAGUUCCAUAA